AUGGCGCUAAAAUUGAAGCUCAUAUACGUUUCCGGUAAGAGAAGCUUGAUCUUUUCUGGUUGUGCAGUUCAACGAGCAAUAUGGGUAAACCUCGUGGUCUGCGUACCGCACGUAAACACGUAAACCAUAGACGCGAUCAGCGUUGGAAUGAUAAGGACUACAAGAAAGCUCAUUUGGGAACGAGAUGGAAGGCCAAUCCAUUCGGUGGUGCUUCUCAUGCGAAGGGUAUUGUCUUAGAAAAAGUUGGCGUAGAAGCUAAACAACCGAACUCCGCCAUUCGUAAAUGCGUACGAGUUCAAUUAAUCAAAAACGGCAAGAAAAUCACCGCCUUCGUACCUAGGGAUGGCUGUUUGAAUAACAUUGAGGAAAACGAUGAAGUAUUGGUUGCAGGCUUUGGUCGCAAAGGUCAUGCUGUGGGUGACAUUCCAGGAGUUCGAUUCAAAGUAGUGAAAGUUGCUAAUGUUUCAUUGCUUGCACUUUACAAAGAAAAGAAAGAGCGACCUAGAUCGUAAAACCACUUCCAUGUAUAAUAAAAUAAAAUAAAAGUAUAAAAAAAAAAUU